AUGUCGCAUGCUGCUCGCUCGUCCAAGUUGCUCGCUUUGGUGGAUUCGGAUUCCGAUGAACUUUCCGGUCUCGGCGCGAAAGUCAACAGUAACAGCACAAAAGAUUACAAGAUGCCGCUAGCGAAGAAAGCCAGAGGCAGACCUCCAGCCGCCCACAAGGUCACGAAGCCAUCGCAAAGAGCAACGAAAACACACAAGAAUCCCAAGCUCGCAGCCGCAGUCAGCAAGGCAGAAGAGGAGGGAGCGGUUGACAUAUCAACCAUGGUCGAAGGCAAGGCUCCGAAGAGGGGCCGCAAAGCAGCAGCGAAGGAUGAAAAAGAGGGAGAAGAGAUGGCCGAAAACGACGGGGGCGUUACCUCUCUAAUAAAGCCGAGUGUCGGCAAGCCCAGAGGCCGCCCAAAAGCCGCAGUCGCAGCAGUGUCCAAAACAGAUGAUUCGGACGAGGUACCGGAUUCCGCCGCGAAGCACACCGCACCGUCAGCCAAGCGAGGACGCCGUCCUGCUACCAAUCCGACACGGAAUGAAGAAUUGGAAAUCCCGAAGACACAGGCUCAAGAUGUCAUGGACGUUGAGAUGGAGUUGGAUGAUCAGUUCGAAGACCUGCCGGUGCCACGGCAGCCUGCCCGCCAUACCAGCCGGGCGGGCGGGAGCUCAGAUGUGGAAGCGAGCGAAGCGCAACUACGGCGGAAGUUAGGCGAGACAACAAGGAAGUUUGAUCAUCUUGAGGCAAAGUACCGGGAUCUUCGCGACAUUGGAGUCAAGGUCGCCGAACGCAACUUUGAUAAUCUCAAAAAGGAGAGCGAGGAACGAGCAAACACCGCGAGCGAGCUUAUAGGCCAGCUCAAAGCCGAUCUUGCCAUGCAGCGGGAUCUGGCGAAGGUGGGACAGCAGUACAAGAAGCAGCUUGAGGAGAUGGAGGCGAAAGUGGCAGCAUUGACUACAACACUGGCUGAAACGAGACAAGAAGUCAAGACGCUGUCGACAAAGCUAGCCGCGAGCAGAUCUGCUGAAGCUGCGGCGAGUACAAAGACAGUUCCUGGCAGUGCUAUCAAGGGCGGUAGCGCUGCUGCUCGAGCUCUCGCUAGCUCAGAUGUGGUGCAAACGGGGCAAUUGAAGGAGGACCUUUAUGGCGAUUUGACCGGGCUAAUUGUCAGGGUCACGAAGCGCGACUCGAACGGUCAGGUUUUCGACUGCAUCCAGACGGGAAGAAACGGAACACUUCACUUCAAGCUCGAGGUCGAGAGUGAGAGCUCGGGUGAGAAUUACGAAGAGGCACACUUCACGUACAAGCCGCAGCUUGACGAAAAUAGAGACCAUGACUUGAUCGACAUGCUCCCCGACUUCCUAGUGGAGGAAAUCACUUUUCCUCGACCGCAUGCGGCGAAAUUCUAUGCGCGUGUAGUCAAGUCUUUGACUGAGCGCAUCGAUUAG